AUGUAAAGCUCGACAUCUCAGAGCUCUUGCGCGUACAGGGGGCACUGACAAAGAUCGGACCAGAAAGCCCAUGUCUUGGCUCCGUCAGGCUAUGCCGGGUUUCAUACUGCGGCAUGUCUCGUCCCACUGCCAUUCAUUUUCCUUUAGUUCGAAAUAAUACUCGGGGGGAACACCAGUUGACUAUUCUCACAUCUCUACCACCAUGGUGACUACGGCAUUUUUGGCCUUGCUAUACCUUGUCGAUCAAUCCUCUGGAAUGCGACUAAAGAUUCAAGGCCAACGUAAUGUUCAAACUCGACAUGAACUCCUACCACGGGGAAAUAUCAAUGGGACCACUGCCUUAAGCAAUAAUGCAGAUAUUAGCUAUUAUGCGAAUUUGAUGCUUGGUGGGGAGGUCUUUACAGUGCUUAUCGAUACUGGCAGCUCGGACUUGUGGGCCGCAGGCAGCGUUACGGAUAGUAUUGACACUGGAGCGACUUCUGGGGUCAGAUACGCAGUAGGUGCGGUGAAAGGUCCUAUAAAAACUUCAACUCUUCAAUUCGCCGGAUACACUGUGCAGGAUCAAGCGUUCUUGGAAGUCACACCAGAUAGCGACCGCAAGAAAGGAUCAGGACUGAUAGGUCUUGGCCCUACGUCCGGGUCCAACAUCUACGCUACACUGAAUACCUCCGUUGGAUAUGCGGUGCUGGACCGUAUAUUUCUACAAAACACCUCAACUCCCAACUAUAUGACGAUCCUUCUGGGACGCGCCGAAGAUCCAACCGAUGUCUUUCCCGGUGACAUAUCAAUCGGAGAGCUUUUAGAUAGCUAUAGUAAUGUCGAGAGCGAACCGAAGCUAAAGGUUACCAUGGUCCCUGUCCGCGACUCCAGAAAUCAGCAUUUCCAGGUCUUAUUAGACCAGGACGGCGUAUUAGGGCCAGACGGGCUGCCAAUAUCUAUCAUCACUGAGGUGCAACAGACAUCGAAUUCAAAGCAGGCUACCGUCGUUGUAGACUCUGGUUUUUCUCUGAGCCAGGUACCCAAGUACGUGAAUAUGGUCAGCCUGAGGGGAAUGCCCAAUGAGUUUACCGCUUGGAUUAGAUCUAUUGCAGAUGCGAUAUACAGUCGCUUCUCUGGCGCAGAGUACCAUAAUAUAACAGGCCUUGGCGAAGCAUGGAUUGUACCUUGCAAUGAAGAAGUUAACAUUACAUUCAAGUUUAGUGGUAAUAGCUAUCAUAUACAUCCCCUUGACGCUACAAUGGAUCCAUCUCCAUUGGGAUUGACCGGUGUGGUGAACUCGGAAGGUCAAUCGUCAUGCAUAGGCUCGUUUCAACCUAUCAGUUUUUCAACUUCGGGUCAACAAACGUUCGAUAUGAUUCUUGGAAUGUCGUUCCUCCGCAAUGUUUACGCCAUCUUCAACUACGGUGACUUCAUAGCGGGUGGUAAUGACACCAGCAAUCGCGGAAAUCCUUACCUUCAAUUCUUGUCCACGACCGAUCCAUCUGAAGCACAUUCCGACUUCGUCGCUGUUCGCUUGAAUGGAAAUGACACUACGGGCGGUCAGACCUUCAAUGGUACAAGUUCCAAUAUCAUCGACGACAGCUCCCAUGAAUAUGCAGCUUAAUACGGCAAACCCUCCACGAUAUAGUUUGCCGCUACAGUCCAACUACGCUUCGUCAGAACCAUAUCACCACCAUGAACCUCAGAGACCUGCCCAGGCCCAGGUGUAUGAUCCACAGC